GGUCAUCAUCAUCCUCAUCAUCACACGCUCCAGUUAGUCGCCUUCCCCUUCCGUUGCACCACCACGCACCGAUACCUAUCGCCGCCGCGUCGUCGUCGUUGCGACGAGACCUUGGACCAUGGGCGCCUUUCUCGAGAAACCCGUCACGGAGAAACACCAUGACGCUGCCACCCUUCCCAAUGGCCUCAGCUACGCCCUGAGCUCCAUGCAGGGCUGGCGCAUCCACAUGGAGGAUGCCCAUGCUGUCUCGGCCGACCUGCCCAAUCUGCCCAACGGCGCUCUCUUUGCCGUCUUUGAUGGUCAUGGUGGCAAAACCGUCUCCACCACAGCCGGCGAGAUUUUUAUCCAAGCCAUUACAAGCACCGAAGCCUACACCAAGGGUGAUAAGUCGGCUGCCAACCUCGAGCAGGUCCUGUCCAAGGGUCUUUUCGAGCUGGAUGAAGCCAUCAAGGAGAAGCACCCCCAGCUCAAGGCCGGCCACGACCGCUCCGGUUCAACCGUCAUCUGCGGUUUUGUCACUGAGACUUCCGUUGUCCUGUGCAACUGCGGUGACUCCCGGGCUGUGCUAGUGUCGGAUGGCAAGGUCAAGUUUGCCACCUCUGAUCACAAGCCCUCAGAUGAGAUUGAGACACAGCGAAUCAAGAACGCGGGUGGUUUCAUUGAGAUGGGCCGCGUUUGCGGUAACUUGGCCGUGUCCCGUGCCAUUGGUGACUACGAAUACAAGGAUAGGCCAGACCUCAAGCCCGAGGAGCAGAAGGUGACCGCGUUGUCGGACACCACCAGCAUCUCCCGAACUCCCAAGGAUGAGUUCUUGGUCCUGGCCUGUGACGGCAUCUGGGACGUGCUGACCAACGAGGGUGUCCAACUGGUUGUCAACUUUUUCCUCGAGCGCGGCUACGACGCAGAGCGUAUCGCCGACCUGCUUCUCGACUACUGCCUAGAGCUUGGUUCCAAGGACAACAUGUCCGCCCUGCUAAUUCUGUUCCCUGGCUGCCGAAAGCCCGACCCCAGCCUCACCAAGACCGCCGAGACCGAGGAAGCACGAGCCACCAUCCUUGAGGAGCAAAUGAUGCGUCUGCGCCAAAUUGUCGAGUCGACCCCGAAUGUGCUGCCCGCUGGCGCGAUAGAAACCAGCCCCAUGGCCGCUUCCAAGGCAUCGCAAAUGUCUUCGGGCACUGUCUAAACGCCUCUUGUGACCGUUUCCAUGACCAACUCUCGCCGUCCACCCAGGACCUACCGAGGCCCCGUCUCCCUGCCAGCUGGUAAAAGCAGCAGAUAGGGUAGUGACAGGCCGCGAAAACUGAACCUUGCCAAAAAUAUAAAAAUAUG